AUCAUACAGUGGUAUACUUAAAGCAAUAUUAACCUUUUGAUGAUUUCAAAGUUAUUGUUUAUGUUUAUUUUUUGUUUAUUUUCAUUUUACGCCCUAUAUCAUAAUGGACUAAGCAAAGUGGUGGAAUGCGCGGUGUACAAGGCAUCCGCAGUCAAGACACGGGUGUAACCAGUAGCCAAAACGUGUAAAACUGUUGCCAUGGACACAGAGGAUGAAACCUCCAUUCCUGCUGUGGGCAUAAUUUCUCCACAGGAUGACAGUACUGCCACGUCCGUCCAACACUUGGUCAGUCAACAGGGAAAUACCUGCACUUCUGCAAAUGGCUACACGGGGGAGCAGUUUCCAGAGAAGCACACGAGGGUACACCUGGAAAUUGUGGAAAAGUUGAUGAAGGAGAAGGAAGAUCUGGAAAUGGAGCUGCACAUGCUCACCAAACAACUGGAGAAAGAGCGCAUCAACUACCAAGAAAGACUCCAGUCAAGAGACAUGGGGCUGAGGGCUAAAGACAUCAUUAUAGAGGACAUGAAGAACUGUGUGAAAAGUAAAGAUGAAGAGAUCAGACAAGCACAUCUGAGUGUUGCACCCAAAGACAAAGAAAUUGCGAACCUUAAAGAAAUGCUGAAAGCUCGGGACUUGAUUCUGCAGGGUAUGCAGAAGUCUAUAAAGGAAGGGGAUAAAAAAGUUGAAGCUAAACAAAAAGCUGUGCUGGAGAAAGAAGGCCACAAAAAGGAGCUUGAAAUGCAGCUUAGGAAGGCAGAAAGUGACAGAAAGAUUAUUCAAGAGAGGCAUGACAAGCUGAUACGUCAGAUGAGAGAUACGGCAGUAAGGAAGUUGAAAUUUUCCACAGAACUCGACGCCUUGAAGAAAACGAUAGCACAAGAGCAGGAAGAAAGGUCAACAAGGUUAAAUGAGGGGUUGGACUCGUUGUCGAGUGUGUUUAACAUGAUGUGUGACUUUGUGGAGGAGCUGCACUCCGCUGAGGUGACAAACGGAGCUGAGGACUCAACAGUCUCCAGAACUGUCAUCUCCAUGGCCCUGGAAGCAGAGGUGAGGAAGGACUGGAUGCUGGGAGAGAUGGAGAGAAUACACUCCCUAUUCAACGGGCAUGUGGCAAAACUGAUCGAAAGGAUGGAGCAGAGGGAACAGCAGUUACAUGACGACCUCUGCAGGAUGUCACAUGAAGGUCAAACAGAAGUCAAAGUUCAGGAGAUAAACAAGAGGUCAGAUGGUAACCACAAGAAUGAGAAAGAAGAUGUAAACAAAGCAUCUGCAGGUUUGCCUCUUGCUGAUGCAGAUAAAGAUGCAGACGAAGAUGACACAGAAGAAGCUGUUGAGGCAGAAGACAACAAUCUUACAGACGGCCCUGGGACAGAGACUAACUCUCCUUCCCAGGGAGAACAAUCAGAAACCAAGAGCAGAAGAGUAUCAAAAGGCUGGUCCAGCUUUACAGGACGGUUCGGGAAGAUGUUUCAGUCUCAGAGCAACUAGUGCCAAAUUUCUGUUCCAGAUAGUUUCCAUUCAAAAUGGACCAAUGGUUACAUAGGACAUUGGAUCUCAGGGCCUCUUUUGGGCAAUAAUGUUGUGAUUAAUAAAUACUGCAUGUGAUUGACUAAGGGACUGAUGAUGUGAGUGACAGGAAAUAGUUCACUGAAGGUAGUUUCUUCUCAUCUACAUCAUUGUGCAGAAAUGAUGUUCAAGUCACAAGCCAUAUUUAAAGUAGUUAUAUGUAGCCACAUUAAGUAUACUGAUUUAUUUCUACUACAUAUGCACUGCCUUCAACUUGUACUCAUGCAGGCCAUACAUGCUGAAACCACAAAUUUAGAUACAUGUGUGGUGAGCACAACAUAGAAAUUACAUGUAAUAUGUCUGUGUAUAUUUGUGAAAUAAACCAAUGUGGAAUCGA